UUGAGCUGCAUCACUCUUAACGGCUUGUCUUAACUGUCCCUUUCCUUAACUAACGGUUUGUUUCAAGCUCGGCCUUCGAGCUCCAACGAAAACGAACAUGGCGUCCCUACCUUAUGCCGAAGUGGAUUCCAGCCUGAGAUCACUAGCAGGUCGUGCCGAGGGAUUCGGGCGGUUAUCGGUAGGAGGCCUCUAUGGGCCGGUCUAUUGCGUCACCACUCUCUCAGAUGAUGGUCCGGGAUCCCUUCGUGAAGGUUGCCGCAGAAAAGAGCCAUUCUGGAUUGUUUUUGAAGUUUCAGGUGUGAUUCAUCUUUCUUCUUACUUGAGUGUAUCCUCUUAUAAGACAAUUGAUGGUCGGGGUCAAAGGAUAAAGCUCACGGGCAAGGGCUUAAGGCUGAAAGAAUGUGAACACAUAAUCAUAUGCAACCUUGAGUUUGAAGGCGGUAGAGGGCACGAUGUUGAUGGUAUUCAAAUAAAACCAAAUGCAAGGCACAUAUGGAUAGACCGCUGCAGUCUUCGUGAUUAUGACGAUGGACUUAUAGACAUUACCAGACAAAGCACUGAUAUAACUAUUUCAAGAUGUUACUUUACUCGGCAUGACAAGACAAUGCUUAUCGGGGCAGACCCCUCUCACAUUGGUGAUAGAUGCAUUCGGGUGACAAUUCAUCAUUGUUUUUUCGAUGGGACACGGCAAAGGCAUCCUCGCGUUAGAUUUGGAAAAGUUCAUCUAUACAACAAUUACACCAGAAACUGGGGUAUAUAUGCUGUUUGUGCCAGUGUGGAAUCCCAGAUAUACUCUCAAUGCAACAUAUAUGAAGCAGGACAGAAGAAAAAGACUUUUGAAUAUUAUACAGAGAAGGCAGCAGAUAUGGAAGAGGCAAAGUCUGGCUCAAUAAGAUCUGAGGGAGACUUGUUUCUGAAUGGAGCUCAAGCUUGCUUACUGACAGGGGCCAGUGAAGAAUGUGUGUUCCAUCCAAGUGAAUUUUACCCGACAUGGACAAUGGAAGCACCCUCAGAUUCUCUUAAAGAUAUUCUCCACAUUUGUACAGGUUGGCAAUCCAUUCCUAGGCCAGCAGAGCAGAAGGCAACUGCAUAGUUAUUAUUAAUAUCAUUACACAUUUGCGGUUAUUUGUACUUAUUAUCUCUACAGAGUUUAUCCUCUCCUUAAAAAAUGUUGAAAGUUGAAAUGCUAUAGCUGGCAACAUAUAUUUACCUUUGAGUAAGACAUGAAUUAAUAUAGUUCAAAGCUUGCUCAAGUCAACUUAAGACCAACUUGAGCGUAAUAAAAUCAACUUGUGGCAUA